AUGGCGGCGAAGAUGGGUCCGGGGCAUACCUUCCGCCGCUCGGAAACCACGGCACAAUUGCAGUAUGAACAGGAGAUCUACGAUAAGCAGCAUAGUGAGCCCAGCACGACCAACACCAACUCCACGGACGACCUGAACCCGGAAUCCGAGAAGAUGGGUGUUUCGUCUCGUGAUGGUGGGAGUUCGAGUGGUACUGGUGGCGAUGACCAUGUCGACGGCAAGAAGCAGCAUCAUGGCUUUCGAGAUAAGAUUAAGAAUAUGGUUAAGGACGCUUUUCCUGAGGCCAUCACUGAUGUUAAGAUUAUGGGCGGUAUGGCUGCACUUGAGACGAGGGUCAAGCGCGAAAUCCACGACCCGAAACUGUUUCCUGAGAUCGAGCAUGUGGCGCAUGUUAGACGUGGUCUGGAGCUCUGUCCUGAAGAAGCGUCCUUCCUGGAGCGCCGCAAGCUACGUGCUCGCGACAACUUUGCUAGAUACAUUGGCUUGAGGCCUGAGGAGGUCGAUCCGAGAGACGUUCCUACGGUGGCUUUUGGAGGUAGUGGUGGUGGAUUCCGAGCUAUGAUCGGAUGUUUGGGAUACUGCCGACAGAUGCAACAUGCUGGACUGUGGGACUGCUUGACCUAUGUCUCUGGUGUCUCUGGAUCUUGCUGGUCGUUGGCUGCAUACUAUACCUUCGGUCACGCCAGCUUCGACAGAGUCAUCGAUCACUGCAAGAAGCGCUUCUCCCCAUACCACCCACUUUCUGGCGAGGCCAUUAGGACGAUCCUCAGCUCACCUGGUGGGGCCCGUAUCACUCUCGGACCGCUCAUCCAGAAAAGCAAGAGUGGUCUGCAGACUGUGGCGAUGGACUUGUAUGCCGUCUUCACAACAGGCUGGAUCUUCUUCCAAGACGAUCCGGCGACACACCCUGGACGGCAUAUCCACGGUGAUGCAGCAGGCUACCAGAGGUCUUGGUAUCGGUAUUCUUCUGCUCGUGAAUAUACAGAUUCUGGUGCUGAGCCACUUCCGAUUAUGACUGCCAUCCGGCAUGAGCGGCCAUGGAAAGACUGGAAGGAUAAGGAACAUCCAUUUGACGAAGUUGAUCAUUCAGAAGGAGAUCACAAGGAGGCUGAUGAGGCUUGGUUCCAGUGGUACGAAAUGACACCUUACGAGAUCGGCUGCGAUGAGGUCGAAGCUUGGGUGCCUACCUGGGGCUUCGGAAGACCGUUUCAUGAGGGCAAGUCGACUAUGCAACUGCCAGAACAGUCUUUGGCACUUCUGCUCGGUCUCUGUACAAGUGCGCCGGCUGGCCCGCUCACUUCAUACAUCUCAACCGUCAGCCGCAACCUCCCUACCGGCUUCCUAGGCAAUUCCAUUCAUGCUCUUGCAAAUCGCAUAUCCAAGUUCUGGGGCAAGCAAGGCACGGAGGAGUUUCAGGAACAUCAUCCGCUUCACGCAUGUAACGAGCACAACUUCAUGUACCACUACACCCAUAUCGAGCCUGGUCAAGGACGACCUCCAGGCCUGGAGAACUCUCCUCGUAUCCAUCUGAUUGACAGCGGUAUGGACAAUAAUUGUCCGACAUACGUCUUACUACAUCCGAGCAGGGAGGCUGAUGUCAUCAUCAACAUGGAUGCUUCGAGCGAUGUUCAAAAGGACACUUUCCAGGAACGUGUCGAUCAGAUCGGAAGUCGUCGUGGCUUGAAGUUUAAGAAACGACAGGAUGUCAAGGCAGGAGAGGAUCCAAAAGAUCCCAAUCGCUUCAAUGGCCUGUAUGCUCAGAUCUACGACGGCAUACCUUGUGAAAGACCAGAGAGUGUCCUGGACUCCUACGGUCGCAAAGUCGCCAAUCCACCUGCGCCUGUACACACGAGAGAGUGCACGAUGAUCUACAUGCCUUUACUGCCGAACUCGAAGGCAGUACCCGACUUUGACCCCUCCACUGCGAAAUUCUCUGGGUCGUACAAUCUUGUCUGGACGGCGGAGCAGAUCGAGACACUCGUCAAGGUUUGUGUGCAGAAUUUUGAGGAUGGGCAGGAUGUCGUCAAGGAGGCUAUGCAUGAGGCGUGGGUGAGGAAGAGGGCAGAGAGGAUGCGAGGUGAGAAUAAUGGGAAUGUUGGCCCAGCCAAUGGUGCUAUCCACGGUGCGGCUCCUACCGCCGCUCCUACUGCCGCUCAAGGUACGGCACCAGGUGUAGCUCAUAGUCUGGCGUCGACUGCAACUCCGAGCAUGGUACCAACUGCAGCUCAUGGUCCAGCACCGACUGUGGCUUCUGGGACGUUACCAAGCGCGGCUCAUGGCACGAUCAACGGUGGAGCUGUGGGAGUGUGA